AUGCCAGGAUGGGGCAGGGUAGGGCAUUUUAAGAAAGAUUUAAGCCUAGCCCAUUUUAAUUUUUUCAACGGCUAGCCCUGCGCGGUCAAACUUUAGCCCUGGCCUGCUUGUUAAGCCCAGCCCACGGGCCGGGCCCAACUUUUCAGUCCGCACCGUUUCAAGUUCAGGUCAUGAGACUUGCUUUAACAUUAGCAUUGCCUUAACCUUGUCAUAACCUUACUCUAGCCUUGCCUUAGCCUUACCCUAACUUUGCCCUAGCCUUGCCCUUCCAAUGCCUUUGUCUUGCCCUUGCCUUGCCUUAGCCUUGCCCUAGCCUUGCCCUAGCCUUGCCUUAGACUUGCCCUAGCUUUGUCCCGAUCUUAAAGCCAAGCCACCCUGCAAGGUCCGUUUCCCACCCCUAGUAGCGGGGAAAGGGGGUAGACAUCAUAGAGAAGAAAGGUUCGCCCGCAAUUUGAGGUUGCGGCGCGACAGCUCGUCUCCCUUUUUUUAUGCGACCAACGUUCCUCUUUAUGCGACGUCCCCAAUCGUUCCUUUCUUCGCCGUUCCGCAGUGACCAUUGAACGCGCAACAAACAAAGAGUGGUAAAAAAUGAAUGUGAUGGGUGAGGGGACAACACGCGGGUUCACGGAACGCCGGCUUGCGGAAGGCUUGAGGUUUUGCGGUCGAAAAUCGGAUCAUGAGGGGUACGAUAGGGAGUAGGGAGGAAAAAUUGGAGGAUUUUGAGGGAUUUAAAGGGAGGGGGGGGUUUAAAAAAAGACGAGGUAAGUAGGGUAGGCUAAGGCUAAGGAUCAAACUCAGGCUCUGUCUCAGGCCAGGCUUAGGCUUAUGCUAAGACUAAGGCUAAGGCUAAGGCUAAGGCUAAGGCUAAGGUUAAGGCUAAGGCUAAGGCUAAGGCUAAGGCUAAGGCUCAAGCUCAGACUCAUGCUCAUGCUCAUGCUCAUGCUCAUGCUCAUGCUCAUGCUCAUGCCCAAGCUCAGGCUCAGGCUAAGGCUCAGGCACAAGCUUUGGCUCAGGCUCAAACUCAAUCUCGAGCUUAUUUUAAGGCCAUGGCUAAUGUCAUUUUUUCUUUUCAAAGCCUUAGCUUAAGUGUUCCCUAG